GUGCUGUUUUUACAUACAAACGCGACUUGAUUUUGUAGAAAUAAAUGAUUGUAUGCUAUUUUAAUGGUGGAUUUUCAGGUAGGUUAGUUUUUGUUAAAAGAAAAAGAAGAAGGACAUGGGAUACGAACAAUUUGAGGCGUCCUGAACGGACUCAUGGCCUUCAGUCACCAGCAUCUCUGAUGACGCUGUGAACUCAACGCAACGUUCUCUUUCUCAUCAUGAAUCUGACUGAGAUUUGCGACAACGCUAAGAAAGGAAGAGAAUAUGCACUACUGGGGAAUUAUGACUCAUCUAUGGUGUAUUAUCAAGGUGUUAUACAACAGAUCCAUAAGCACUGUCAGUCCCUCAGAGAUCCUGCUCUGAAAGUCAAAUGGCAACAAGUUCGGCAGGAACUGGCAGAGGAAUAUGAGCAGGUGAAAAGCCUUGUGAACACCCUGGAGAGUUUCAAGGUGGACAAACCCGUUGAUUUCCCCAACCCUCUGCCUGAAGAGAGCCCAAGGGAACCCGAUGUCUGGCCUCCCCCAACCCCAGCAGAGCACAGGGGACCUGUCCAGGUGAAGAAGCCAAUCACUGUAUCAAAGCCCCAGAGAAAGGAGUCACCUGGCAUGCAGCAUCGCGGCCCCUUGGGCAGAGGUCAGCCGAACAUCAAAUCAGAGAGACCGAACACCCGUGACGGCCGUGGAAAUAAAGCUAAGGAUGAAAAAAGUAAGAAGAAUGCCCAGGAGGGUGCUGCUGAUGUGGAACAGAGGAAGUUUGAUGGCACAGGCUAUGACAGCGAUCUGGUGGAUGCACUGGAGAGAGACAUUGUGUCCCGGAAUCCCAAUAUCCACUGGGAUGACAUAGCAGAUCUGGAAGAUGCCAAAAAGCUGCUGAGAGAGGCAGUGGUCCUGCCUAUGUGGAUGCCAGACUUCUUCAAGGGGAUCCGCCGGCCGUGGAAGGGGGUGCUGAUGGUGGGCCCUCCAGGCACAGGAAAGACCAUGUUGGCUAAAGCAGUUGCAACUGAAUGUGGCACAACAUUUUUCAAUGUUUCAUCCUCUACGCUGACCUCAAAGUACAGAGGAGAGUCUGAGAAACUCGUGCGGCUCCUUUUUGAAAUGGCUCGUUUUUACGCCCCUACAACAAUUUUUAUUGAUGAGAUUGACUCUAUUUGUGGGAGACGGGGCACAUCAGACGAACAUGAGGCCAGUCGCAGAGUGAAGUCAGAAAUACUCGUGCAGAUGGACGGUGUAGGAGGUGCUCAAGAGAGUGACGAUCCCUCUAAAAUGGUAAUGGUCCUGGCUGCCACUAACUUCCCCUGGGACAUUGAUGAGGCUCUAAGGAGAAGACUGGAGAAGAGGAUCUAUAUUCCACUACCCACUGCUCAAGGUCGAGCAGAACUCUUAAAGAUCAACCUAAGGGAAGUUGAAGUGGCUUCUGAUGUGGAUCUCACCCUCAUCGCUGAGAAAAUAGAGGGUUAUUCAGGAGCUGACAUCACCAACGUCUGCAGAGAUGCAUCAAUGAUGGCGAUGCGAAGGAGGAUCCAGGGUCUGAGUCCAGAGGAGAUCCGUGCUCUUUCUAAAGAUGAGCUGCAGAUGCCAGUCACCAUGGAGGACUUUGAGCUUACACUCAAAAAGAUCUCAAAAUCCGUCUCGGCUGCAGACCUGGAGAAAUACGAGUCCUGGAUGUCUGAGUAUGGGUCUGUGUAAAGAGAAAUGAAAGCCACAAGAUAAGUGGGAGAACACAAUGUGGACCAAUACUUGAAAAAAAGGCAUGGUUUUAUGUUUCGAGACAUUUUAAUAUGCAAAGAGGAUACUGAAACUAGUCAAACUAGUAUUCAGAUGCGUAUGGACACGUCAGGACUGA